GUUAACCCUGGUUUCUAUUUUUUAGGGUUCCUGGCGCUGAUGGACCGUUCCCUGGAGCGAGGCUCGGCAGGGGUGCGACCCCGACGGAGCAGCCCUCGGGUCCUCCCGUCCAGGAGGGAACUAGGCCUCGUCGGGGUGACGUUCCUCGCCUCGUAAUCGGCGCGCGUUCGCGGGAACGAAACAAAUAGGCCGGCGACUUUCACCGCUCGGCUCGGCACCGCUCUUGGCCCGAGAACUCGGGUUAGCGGCGGCCAGGUGGGGGACCUGCUCGCCCAGAUCCUGCUCGGCCAUGCCGAGCCACCAGCGAGGCAAUUCUUUUUCUUACGGCUACACAGUGCACGCGCGAUCCCGCCGAAUAUCGCCCAGGUGUCCAUCGAGCUGCCGAGAGUGUCGGAGGUGCGCCGAGUGCAUUCCAGGGUCGAGAUCUAGCGCACUCCCACGCGCGGCCGACGUGGAACCGCUCGGAAUCGACUCCAGGGAUCCAGGACCACCGGGUCCCGCGAGAAGCGACCCACGUAGCUGAGGACGGCCAACCAAGCUGGCGGGAAAUGCGCCGAGAAGGUGGAACCCGCGGUGACAAUGGCACGCCGAACCUCUCGUUCCCUGGCGGUCCUCUCGCUGGCGAUAUCUGCACUCUGGAUCGCCGAUUGCGCCAAGCCCGGACAUGCUCAACUCUACACAGAAAAGCAGAGGUACGACGGGUGGUACAACAACCUGGCGCACCCUGACUGGGGAUCGGUUGACAGCAGGCUGAUACGAAAAGUUCCGGCCGCCUAUUCGGACGGGGUGUACAUGAUGGCCGGACAGGACAGGCCAUCUCCAAGGAAAUUGAGCGACCUCUUCAUGAAGGGUGACGACGGACUGCCGUCCAUCAAGAACACCACGGCACUCUUCGCCUUCUUCGGGCAGCUGGUCACUUCCGAAAUAAUCAUGGCCAGCGAGAGCGGCUGUCCGAUAGAGUACCAUCGCAUCGACGUGGAGAAGUGCGAUCCAAUUUUCGACAAAGCCUGCCAGGGUAACAAGUUCAUUCCGUUCUUGAGAGCCGACUACGAUCGGCAGACCGGGCACAGCCCGAACAGUCCCAGGGAACAGAUAAACAAAGUGACGAGCUGGAUCGAUGGCAGCUUCGUGUACUCCAGCAGCGAAGCCUGGACCAACACGAUGCGCUCCUUCAGGAACGGGAGCUUCCUGAUGGAGCCCACGAGGAGGUUUCCCGUCAGGAACACCAUGCGUGCCCCGUUGUUCAACCAUGCCGUGCAAAACGUUAUGAGAAUGCUCAGUCCUGAACGGCUGUACCUCCUCGGGGACCCAAGAACGAAUCAGCAUCCUCCUCUGCUCGCCUUCGGGAUAUUGUUCUACCGAUGGCACAACGUCCUGGCGGAACGAGUUCAACGUCAACAUCCCGACAUGUCCGACGAGGAGAUCUUCCAAAGGACUCGCAGGAUAGUGGUCGGCACUCUGCAGAACGUAAUAAUGUACGAGUACUUACCGACGUUACUCGGGGAAGAGACGCCCAAGUACACGGGCUACAAGCCCGACCUUCACCCAGGGAUCAGCCACCUUUUCCAAAGUGCCGCAUUCCGAUUUGGUCACACUCUCAUACCCCCUGGGAUAUAUCGUCGAGACGAGAACUGUAAUUUCCGAAAAACCAACACCGGCAAGCCGGCGAUCCGACUCUGCACGACCUGGUGGGACUCGAACGAAGUGCUGUCCAACAGCACGAUAGAGGAAAUCCUGAUGGGCAUGUCCUCUCAGCUGGCGGAGAGGGAGGACAACCUCCUCAGCUCGGACAUCCGCAACAGCCUCUUCGGACCCAUGGAAUUUUCCCUGAGGGAUCUGGGGGCUUUGAACAUCAUGAGAGGUCGCGACAAUGGACUUCCUGAUUACAACACGGCUAGGGUCCACUUCAAGCUUCCCCGCAGGAAGACCUGGAACGAGAUCAACCCUGAGCUCUUCAACAAGAAUCCGGAGCUGCUCAGGACCUUCAUGGAGAUCUACUCGAACGAUCUGGACAACAUCGACGUCUACGUCGGAGGGAUGCUGGAGUCCAGGUCUGGUCCAGGGGAGCUCUUCGAGGCCGUCAUCAAGGACCAGUUCACCCGACUCAGAGACUCGGACAGAUUCUGGUUCGAAAAUGAGGAAAAUGGAAUAUUCACCAGGAGCGAGAUCGAUGAGAUCCGCCAAGUUACCUUGUGGGAUAUUAUUAUUAACACCACUACUAUAAAUCCGGACGCCGUUCAAAAACGGGUCUUUGUCUGGAAGGAAGACGAUCCUUGUCCUCAACCUUAUCAGCUCAACUCCUCGAUUUUGGAGCCCUGCGUACCGCUGCACAGAUACGACUACUUUGAGGGCAGUGAGCUGGUCUACAUAUACGCCUGCAUAUUUCUGGGAUUCAUCCCAAUUUUGUGCGCCGGGGUCGGCUACGGUCUGGUGAAACUGCAAAAUAGAAGAAGACGUCGUCUCAAAAUUCUCCAGGAGGCCAUUCAGAAGAGAAACAACGAUGGCCGAAUUUGCGUCGAUAAGAUGAUAGUGCGAGAGUGGCUGCACGCCAAUCAUCGACGUUUAAUCAAGGUCAAGUUCGGUCCGGAAGCUGCGCUACAUAUCGUCGACAGAAAAGGGGAAAAGCUUCGGACAUUCGACGUCAGCAACGUCAAUACCGUCACCAUGGAGGAGUCUCAGGAAAGCGAGAACGGCCACCGCAAGGCUCUGGUUUUGCUGAGGAUACCGCGAGAUUACGAUCUCGUCCUUGAACUGGAUUCCCUGAGUUCGCGUAGAAAGUUCAUUGCGAAAUUGGAGGCAUUUUUGACGUCCCACAAGAAGCACUUCACGCUAAUGCAGACGAACCGCGACAUAAUGCUGGCAAAGGCGGAGACGAAGGAGCGCCGUCAGAAGAAGCUGGAACAGUUCUUCCGAGAGGCCUAUUCCUUGACUUUCGGUCUUCGACCCGGAGAACGGAGAAAAAGGUCCGAAGACAAAGACAGCGGCGAAGUCGUCACCGUGAUGCGCACUUCGCUGUCGAAAAGCGAAUUCGCGAGUGCUCUCGGCAUGAGAGCCGAUGCGGUCUUCGUGAAAAAGAUGUUCAACAUCGUCGACAAAGAUGGAGAUGGUCGAAUAUCCUUCCAGGAAUUCCUUGACACGGUCCUCCUCUUUUCGCGUGGCAAAACGGAGGACAAGCUUCGGAUUAUCUUCGACAUGUGCGACAAAGACAGCAACGGAGUGAUCGACAAGGAGGAAUUUUCCGAAAUGUUAAGGUCGUUGGUGGAAAUCGCUCGCACGACGAGCCUCUCCGACGAUCACGUAACGGAGCUGAUCGACGGCAUGUUCCAGGACGCCGGGCUGGAGAGGAAGGAGUACUUGACGUACAACGACUUCAAGCUGAUGAUGAAGGAGUACAAGGGCGACUUCGUGGCGAUCGGUCUGGACUGCAAAGGGGCCAAGCAGAAUUUUCUGGACACCUCGACGAACGUCGCAAGGAUGACCAGCUUCCACAUCGACCAGCCUCCUCCGGAGGCCUCCAGGAGCUGGGUCCGAAGACAGUGGGACGGCAUGUCGACCUUCCUGGAGGAAAAUCGGCAGAACAUAUUCUACCUCUUCAUUUUCUACGUCAUCACCAUAGCUCUCUUCGUCGAGAGAUUCAUACACUACUCCUUCAUGGCGGAACAUACGGACCUCAGGCACAUAAUGGGGGUCGGAAUCGCCAUAACGAGGGGAUCAGCGGCAGCUGUGUCCUUCUGCUACAGCCUCCUCCUGCUGACCAUGUCGCGGAACCUCCUGACGAAGCUGAAGGAGUUCUCCAUCCAGCAGUACAUUCCUCUGGACUCUCACAUACAGUUCCAUAAGAUCGCGGCGUGCACGGCACUGUUUUUCUCCGUCCUACAUACGGUCGGACACAUUAUAAACUUUUACCACGUGUCGACGCAGCCCAUCACCCACCUGCGCUGCCUCACCUCCGAAGUCAGCUUUCCCAGCGACGCUCGUCCUACGAUUUCGUUUUGGCUCUUCCAGACGGUGACAGGACUGAGCGGAAUCCUCCUCUUCGUCGUGAUGACCAUCAUCUUCGUCUUCGCCCAUCCAACGAUCCGACAGAAGGCGUACAAAUUCUUCUGGUCCACGCACAGUCUUUACGUGGUCCUGUAUGGGCUCUGCUUGGUGCACGGACUGGCCAGGGUCACGGGAGCUCCUCGGUUCUGGAUCUUCUUCAUCGGGCCGGCCAUCGUCUACGUCCUGGAUAAGGUCGUCAGUCUGCGCACCAAGUCGAUGGCUCUGGACAUCAUUGAGACGGAACUGCUGCCCUCGGAUGUUCUGAAGAUCAAGUUCUACAGGCCGCCGAACCUGAAGUACCUCUCCGGACAAUGGAUCCGCCUUGCAUGUACGGUCUUCAGGUCGAACGAGUUCCACUCGUUCACCUUGACCUCGGCCCCUCACGAAAACUUCCUCUCGUGCCACAUCAAGGCCCAGGGCCCUUGGACUUGGAAGCUCCGAAAUUACUUUGACCCCUGCAACUUCAAUCCGGAAGAGCAGCCGAAGAUCCGGAUCGAAGGCCCCUUCGGCGGUGGCAAUCAGGAUUGGUACAAGUUCGAGGUCGCGGUGAUGGUCGGAGGUGGCAUCGGAGUCACGCCUUACGCCUCCAUGCUGAACGACCUCGUUUUCGGCACCUCGACCAACAGAUACUCCGGAGUUGCCUGCAAAAAGGUCUACUUCUUGUGGAUCUGUCCGUCUCACAAGCACUUCGAGUGGUUUAUCGAGGUCCUCAGGGAUGUGGAGAAGAAGGACGUCACGGAUGUCCUCGAGAUUCAUAUAUUCAUCACCCAGUUCUUCCAUAAGUUCGACCUGAGAACUACCAUGCUUUACAUUUGCGAGAACCACUUUCAAAGGCUGUCGAAGAAGAGCAUUUUUACGGGUUUGAAGGCGAUCAAUCACUUCGGACGUCCAGACAUGACGUCGAUCCUGAAGUUUGUGCAGAAAAAGCACAGCUACGUCAGCAAAAUAGGAGUCUUCAGCUGCGGACCGCGUCCCUUGACAAAGAGCGUGAUGUCCGCGUGCGACGAAGUGAACAAGGGCCGCCGAUUGCCGUACUUCAUUCACCACUUCGAGAAUUUUGGCUAGCUUGGCCACUUAUCCAAGACAGUGAAGUUCUAGUUGUCAUCCGAAACGUUUUUCAAAAAUAUGUGUACGUGUAUAUGCGUUCUGGAGUGAAUGUGCCUAAGUACUUAUAAUUUAUAAGUGCGGCCGCCGCGGCCGGAUUAAUAAUUAUUUAAUUGCGCAACGGCAAGACGGGGGUGUUCGCAUUCGAGUACUGCAACGUGUGUGUAUUAGCUCAUUAGUAAGUUAUUAGGGAGAUGUGCUGGCACUGAAUCGAUGUCAUCCUCGUCACUCUGCGAACCGCGAACAUUUGCAGUGGCGUCGAUCGAUUAAAUACGAAUUUUCAUUUAA